CGGAUUCCCAACAUCACCGCGUCUUGAUAGAAAUGAAGGACUCAGAGAGAUGAAACAAGAGCAUGAGUCAUGGACAACAGUGCUUUAAUAUAUUAUUGAAACUACAAACUCACAUCCACAUCGGUUUCAUGUUGACAGAUUGCAUAUUUUGAAAGCUUGAGAUAUUUUGUAAUGAAACAUGCCAUGUGGAAACUCUGAAGUAUAGAAUUCUGCCAAACACCUGAAUAAAGAAUUCCUCACCUGGUAUGUAAGAGACAUCACUACCACCAUGACCAACCAGGAGAAGUGGGCCCACCUCAGCCCCUCAGAAUUUUCCCAACUUCAGAAAUAUGCUGAGUAUUCCACAAAGAAAUUAAAGGAUGUUCUUGAAGAAUUCCAUGGUAAUGGUGUGCUUGCAAAGUAUAAUCCUGAAGGGAAACAAGACAUUCUUAACCAAACAAUAGAUUUUGAAGGUUUCAAGCUAUUUAUGAAGACAUUCCUGGAAGCAGAGCUUCCUGAUGAUUUCACGGCACACCUUUUCAUGUCAUUUAGCAACACAUUUCCUCAUUCUAGCCCAAUGGUAAAAAGUAAGCCAGCUCUCCUUUCAGGCGGUUUGAGAAUGAAUAAAGGUGCCAUCACCCCACCCCGUACUUCUCCUGCAAAUACAUGUUCUCCAGAAGUAAUUCAUCUGAAGGACAUUGUCUGUUACCUGUCUCUCCUUGAAAGAGGAAGACCCGAGGAUAAACUUGAGUUUAUGUUUCGCCUCUAUGACACAGAUGGGAAUGGCUUCCUGGACAGCUCGGAACUAGAAAAUAUCAUCAGUCAGAUGAUGCAUGUUGCAGAGUACCUUGAAUGGGAUGUCACUGAACUGAAUCCAAUCCUCCAUGAAAUGAUGGAAGAAAUAGACUAUGAUCAUGAUGGAACAGUCUCUCUGGAGGAAUGGAUCCAAGGAGGAAUGACAACAAUUCCACUUCUUGUGCUCCUGGGCUUGGAAAAUAACGUGAAGGAUGACGGACAGCAUGUGUGGCGACUCAAACACUUUAACAAACCUGCUUACUGCAAUCUUUGCCUGAACAUGCUGAUUGGUGUGGGGAAGCAGGGGCUCUGCUGUUCCUUUUGCAAGUACACAGUGCAUGAGCGUUGUGUGGCUAGAGCGCCGCCUUCUUGCAUCAAGACGUAUGUGAAGUCCAAGAAGAACACUGAUGUCAUGCACCAUUACUGGGUUGAAGGUAACUGCCCAACCAAGUGUGAUAAGUGCCACAAGACGGUUAAAUGUUACCAGGGUCUGACAGGACUGCAUUGUGUUUGGUGUCAGAUCACACUGCAUAAUAAAUGUGCUUCUCAUCUCAAACCUGAAUGUGACUGCGGACCUCUGAAGGACCAUAUUUUACCACCCACAACAAUCUGUCCAGUAGUACUGACUCUGUCCACUUCAGGAGUUUCAGUCCCUGAGGAAAGACAAGCAACAGUGAAAAAGGAAAAAGGUGGUUCCCAACCGUCAAAUAAAGUGACUGACAAAAACAAAAUGCAAAGAGCCAACUCCGUGACCGUGGAUGGCCAAGGCCUACAGAUUACUCCUGUUCCUGGUACUCAUCCACUUCUAGUUUUUGUGAACCCCAAAAGUGGUGGAAAACAAGGAGAAAGAAUUUACAGAAAAUUCCAGUAUCUACUAAAUCCUCGUCAGGUUUACAGUCUUUCUGGAAACGGACCAAUGCCAGGGUUAAACUUUUUCCGUGAUGUUCCUGAUUUCAGAGUGUUAGCCUGUGGUGGAGAUGGAACCGUGGGAUGGAUUUUGGACUGCAUAGAAAAGGCUAAUGUUGUCAAGCAUCCUCCAGUUGCGAUUCUGCCUCUUGGGACCGGCAAUGACUUAGCAAGAUGCCUGCGAUGGGGAGGAGGUUAUGAAGGUGAGAAUCUGAUGAAAAUCCUAAAAGACAUUGAAAACAGCACAGAAAUCAUGUUGGACAGGUGGAAGUUUGAAGUCAUACCUAAUGACAAAGAUGAGAAGGGAGACCCAGUGCCUUACAGUAUCAUCAAUAAUUACUUUUCCAUUGGCGUGGAUGCUUCCAUUGCACACAGAUUCCACAUCAUGAGAGAAAAACACCCAGAAAAAUUCAACAGUAGAAUGAAGAACAAAUUUUGGUAUUUUGAGUUUGGCACAUCUGAAACUUUCUCAGCCACCUGCAAGAAGCUACAUGAAUCUGUAGAAAUAGAAUGUGAUGGAGUACAAAUAGAUUUAAUAAACAUCUCUCUGGAAGGAAUUGCUAUUUUGAAUAUACCGAGCAUGCAUGGUGGAUCCAAUCUUUGGGGAGAGUCUAAGAAAAGACGAAGCCACCGCCGAAUAGAGAAAAAAGGGUCUGACAAAAGGACUACACUCACAGAUGCUAAGGAGUUGAAGUUUGCAAGUCAAGAUCUGAGUGAUCAGCUGCUAGAGGUAGUUGGCUUGGAAGGAGCCAUGGAGAUGGGACAAAUAUACACGGGACUGAAGAGUGCUGGGCGGCGGCUGGCUCAGUGCUCCUCUGUGGUCAUCAGGACUAGCAAGUCUCUGCCAAUGCAGAUCGAUGGGGAACCAUGGAUGCAGACCCCAUGUACGAUAAAAAUUACACACAAGAACCAAGCCCCAAUGCUGAUGGGUCCUCCUCCAAAAACUGGGCUGUUCUGCUCUCUCGUCAAAAGAACAAGAAACCGAAGCAAGGAAUAAACCUGUUUCAUUUUAUUCUUAGAGAUCUAAUUAGCAUAAUUGGGCCAUGGAAACUUAUGCUGGAAACCUUUCAACCAUUUCAGUUCUCUUGCUCAUGCAAAAUCAUGGAAUUGGUUAACAGUUUUUGUUACCGAGCUAAUGUAAUAUUCAGCUAUUAGAAAAUUUGUCUCCGUUUUUAUAGGCAUCUUUGCAUGAAGAAGGCAGAAGUGUACAUGAAGUGAUCCUGCAUAUUUUUGUUGCACGUGUUCCCAUAGAUUUUUAUGUCUUUCAUCCACCCCUCCCCCAAUUCCAUUUACUAACCUGUGAGACAAAUAUGUGAAACAUAAAAGGAAAUAUCAUGGGAAAUGUGA